AUUCUGGAUACCGACUGAGUUUCAAGCUGGGGAAUCGGCACGUGGCCACUAUCAGCUUCGGAUGCUGGGUUUCAUGAAGUGUUCUUGAAAUAUUUGGCGUGUUGACCUAUCAGAGGAGGGCAUUGUCAUGUUUUAAGGGCGCCAAAGUCGAAGCUAAAGAAUGGAAGCCAGGUAAGCUCCGUUUACAGCCAACAGCAAGCUUUGAAGGCGUAGAACAGAGCUGCAAAGAACACAUCUAAUACACAAAUGGUGGGUCGCAGUAGAUCUCAAACAUCUAGAACCGGUAGUUGAGCGACGCAUACCCCGCGGGGCAGGAGAAGGGGUUAGCUAUACCCCAAAUAUGCAUUAGUUCGACUACCCGUGUGUAUAAAAGCAGUCCCGAUAACAACCUGGUUUACCCCAGAUUCUACUACAUUAUCUAAACUUUCUCUGCGAGAUGUCUUCCGAUCCUACUAUUGUAUUCGCCCCAGGUGCCUGGCACUUGGCUUCUUGCUUUGAUCCCAUUCGCGAGGCACUUCACAGCCGAGGAUGGACAACCGAAGCUGUUGAGUAUCCAUCGGUUGGCGCAGAGCCUCCCACUAAGGGUCUUGAUGAUGAUGCCGAUGCUGUCCGAACGGUCCUUCAACGUCUAGCCGAUAAAGGAGAACAGAUUGUCCUUGUUGUUCAUUCAUAUGGUGGUUUGGUCGGUGCCAAUGCCGUGAAGGGGCUUGGAUACCGUCGGCGCAAGGAACAAGGUCUUCCCGGCGGUGUCAUCAUGUUUGUGUACCUAGCCGCGUUCGUGACACCUCUUGGUCUGAGCAUCAAGCAAAUGCUCGGCGGCCAAUUCCUGCCCUGGAUGAACCCCAAGGGAGAUUACGUGUACGCAGACACCCCAGAGGAAGUCUUCUACCAUGAUCUGAGUGGCGAGGCGCUUGACAGCGCCAUGAAGACGCUCAAGCAUCAAUCAGGCCGUGUUUUCACAGAUACUGUCACAUAUGAACCAUGGCAUGAUAUCGAGACCAUGUACUUCUUUUGCGAUGACGACAAGGCGCUAUUCCCCGUAGUUCAAGAGCAAAUGGCAGCUAUGCUGGGUCCUAAUGCCGUGCAAUUCCACUCGAAAGCGUCGCACUCCGUCUUCCUGUCGAAGGUCGAUGAGACAGUCAAGGGAGUUGAGUUAGCUGCCGAGGAGGGUAAGAAGAGAGCAGCUUAGGUUAAUACUCAAGGCCUGGAGCAUUAUGGUACAAUUUGGAAUUAAGAUAUCCUGUUAGCUUAUGAAAUCGAAUUCUUAUCGCCAGGUUUUGAAUUGUUUGAGAUCACCCAUAUCUCUACUCUCGUCAAGUGAAC